GCAUCUCUAUCUCCAGUCGUGUCCUCCUCAUCUCUCUCUCAUUCUCUCUAUAGAAAUUUCUCCAUGAAUAUACUCAACAGGCUGGGAUUGGGAUCAAGUGGGCAAAGCAAUAUGGAUCCUUCUCCGAUUGCUCAGGGGAAAGACGAUGACGCUCCGUCACCGGGGAAUCAGUUUGCCCAAUUCGGCGCUGGAUGUUUCUGGGGUGUGGAGCUGGCGUAUCAGAGAGUCCCUGGGGUGACUCAGACUGAGGUUGGAUAUACACAAGGGAUCGUACACAAUCCUUCAUACGAAGAUAUUUGUAAAGGAACCACGAACCAUACUGAGGUUGUUAGGGUUCAGUAUGAUCCUAAUGAUUGCAGCUAUGAGUCUCUGCUUGAUUUGUUCUGGUCUAGGCAUGAUCCCACCACUUUGAAUCGCCAGGGAAAUGACGUGGGAACCCAAUACAGAUCUGGGAUAUACUUCUACACACCCGAGCAGGAGAAAUUAGCCCGAGCGUCACUGGAACGUCACCAGGAACAAUUGGAUAGGAAGAUCAUGUCUGAGAUCUUACCGGCUAAGAAAUUCUACAGAGCUGAAGAUCAUCAGCAGCAGUACCUGUCAAAAGGUGGCCGGUUCGGCCUCGGGCAAUCCACUGCCAAAGGCUGCAACGACCCAAUCCGCUGCUACGGCUAAAAAGCUUGUUUCCUCUACCUACCUCCCUAAAACAGAGGAUUUUAGCAUUUAGGGACUUGUGUGUCAAGAAUGUGUCAAAAAAGUGACGAAGUUGAUCACGUAACUACUACUUUGGAAUAGUAUUUGCAAUGCUUUAAUAAUGAUGUUACACUCUUUGAAUAUAAACCAAACAGUCAUUGAGAUCCUAGAUCCUUAA